UGUGACUCGUGAACCGGGCGAGACGCAAGAGCGGGAAUUGAUAACUAAUCCUUGAUACUGACAGAUUAUUUGACAGUGAUCGAAGGCAAAUACCACACGAGAAAAUUGUAACGGGAAAUUUCAAAAUCUGAUACAAGAGGGAAAAUAUAAUUGUCGAAGGAAAAAACCGUGAAAAUUCGAUCGUUUUUCACCUUCGAGUCGGCGGCCUUGGUUCACUUUUUUUCGCGGCGAGGUUUCAAAAUUGUUUCCAUUGCACAAUUCCAGACGACCUAAACAACUUCGACCUAUUUGAGUUUUGUAAAUUUUUGUGCUCUACCUUUUUGUUUUUUGAACAAAAAAAAAGGAAAAAUGUCUCUAUUCAGGGCGAUAAAGACUCCGACCGUCAACAAGUCCUUCAGCCUACCUGCCUUGCUAUAUCACAAAAAUGUAAUCGACCAUUAUGAGAAUCCAAGGAAUGUCGGGUCAUUGGACAAGAAUGACAAGAGCGUUGGGACAGGCCUUGUCGGGGCCCCAGCCUGUGGAGAUGUCAUGAAGCUUCAGAUCAGAGUCGACGAGAACGGUAAAAUAGUCGACGCCAAGUUUAAGACUUUUGGUUGCGGAUCUGCUAUUGCCUCGAGCUCACUCGCCACAGAGUGGGUCAAAGGGAAAACGGUGGAAGAUGCUUUAAAAUUGAAAAAUUCUGACAUCGCAAAGGAGCUCGCAUUGCCUCCUGUGAAACUGCAUUGCUCUAUGCUUGCUGAAGAUGCAAUUAAGGCCGCUCUCUCAGACUACAAGAUCAAACAGCAGUCAGAGGGCACAGAAAAAAAAUAGUUGUUCGAUUUUCAAAAUUUAAAGUCGUAUUGAUAUUAAAUUAUGUUUUUAAAGUUUUUGUUUCAUAUGUUAACGAGAGGAAUUUAUAAUUUUAUUUUAAUAUUAUACCUGCAGACCAUGUGAUAAGCUGAUUGUCUUUUCUUACAGGUUGAUAUGCAUUAGAGUUUAUUUUGUAAAUUUCUUGUAGGUAAACCGUUAAUAUUUAGAAAACAAGCAAAAUACUGUUUUAGUAGUUAUUUAUAAACAUUUAUAUAGAUUUAGUGAUGAUUAAAUUAUCAGUACAUUCAAAA